AUGAUCCAGCAACCCGAAAAUGAGAUUAUUACAUUAGAUUCAGAAGAAUGGUUGAAUAAUAUAAAAGAUUGUAGUAAAUUUCUCAAUAAAAAUAAUUCAAAAAAUUUUCAAUUUAAUUUCAAAAAACUUGAAAAUAUUGGUUCAACAUCAUCUACUUAUGAUUUUAAUUUACUGAAAGCAAUCAUUCAUGGCAAACGUGAAGUUGCAAUUUUUGGAACUCCUAUAAAGUAUAUGAAAAUAUAUACAGAAUGUUGGCAACAUCAUUCAGAUAAGCGUCCAACUAUUCAACAUGUUGUUGAAGAUUUAAAUCGUAUUAAUUAUGAUAAUUUAGAAUCUGAAGAAAUUAUUGCAGAAUCUAAUAAGAAAAUUAGACAAGAGAACACUACUUUAGAAGUAGAAAAUUCAAAUAUAACUGGAAUUUCGCAACAUUAUGUCACCCAUGAUGAAAUAGCUAAUGAAUUAAAAUUACUUUCAUCAAUUGUUACUAUUCUCAACAAAACUUUAAGUGAAAACAUUUUAUUUGAGGAUCAAAGUAAUUUAGAUGAUGAUCAAAACGAUAUAAUACCAGAAAACAAAAUAAGCGAACAAAGUGAUGUUGAUAGUGAACUGAAAUUCCUAUAUGAUCUCAAUCAAAUAUUUAUAACCCAAGUUAAUAUUCAAGGAGCUUCAAAAUAUACUUCAAGUUCUAUAGUUUAUCAUAUAAAUAAAUUUAUUGGUGAUAAUUAUCAAGUUCAAUCUAAAGUUUUUUAUCAAUAUUAUAAUCAUCGAUAUAGAUCUUGCUUUACAAGUAUUAUUGGAUUUUUUUAUGAACAUGGAAUUGGAACAGUAGUCGAUUGCAAUAAGGCGUUUGAUAUGUAUAAGCAAGCUGCUGAUGAAUCUCAUUUCACACCUAAUGAUUCUUUAAACGGAUUGGAUAAUUCUCUUAUUACGGAUAAUUUACUAAAAGACAAUCGGCUUAUAGGAUUAAUAUCUCUCGGUUUAUUUUAUUUACACGGGAAAGGUGUUUCUGUAAAUCAGCAGAAGGCGUUACAGUUAUUUUUACAAUCAGUUUCUAUAGGUUCUAGCUUAGGAAAAUGUUAUGUAGCUGAUUGUUAUUAUAAUGGUUAUGGUGUUAUUGAAGAUAAGUCUCAAUCGUUUGAAUGGUCCUUAAAAUCUGCUGAAGAAGGAAAUGCAAGAGCCCAAAAUAUAAUUGGUCAUAGUUACAUAAGCGAUUCUGGAAUUCCUAAAGAUAAUGAUAAAAUAGUCUCGCAUACAAAUUUUGAGCAUAUAUACUUAGAAAAUUACAAUAAUGAUUGUGAUCCGGCUCAUUUCAUCGAAAAUAAAUUAACUGAUAGUACAAUUCACCGACAAAUCAAGCACACUGUGUUUAUAGCAUGGACUGGUUCAAUGACUCAGGAUGAAUUAAAAGCUUUAUUUAAUAGUGAUGAUGUUGAAGAGAUUCGAUUUCUUCCAAAUAAACAAUUUGCCCAUGUGGAUUUUAAAACAGAGGCCGCAUUGAGGAAAGCUUUAAAUCUUAAUGGAGAGGUAAAGUCACAAGAACAAGGAAUAUUACGAGUAGAGUUGGGAAGACCUAGGGGCUAUAAAAUCUAUGACUGA